UGUAAAUCACCGACGAGCCCCGAGAAUCAGCUAGAGUAAAAAUUGUAAAUAAGAUUAAAUGUGCUAUAUUAUACUUUGACCUUUGAUGAAAUGAUUUUGGAUUUAAAAGUAUGUUAGUCAUAUGGAAAUUGAUACCAAAGUUGUAAACUUUGUAUAACUCUGAAUGAAAGUGUCUACUGAUUGUGGUUAAGUUUCUACAGAACUUCUAAAACUUUGGAAUAAAAAAACUGUGUCACAGUUUCUGGAGGCAUUAUGCUAUACACAUUUUAUCUUUUCUUAAUUUAAGUUACAGUUGUUAACAGUUGGAUAUAAAUUCGCAGCUGAGAAAAGAUGGAAAACUUGAAGCGAACUUUUUUAUUUCCAGUUUUUAUCUGCUAUAUUUUAAUGUGCUGCCUUCCAGAUGUUUUUGCAGUCGAUCCAAGUUUUGAUGUUCCAGUCUUCAAUGUCACUGUCAUUGCAGGAAAGACUGCCAUAUUACCAUGUACUGUAGAGAAUCUUGCUGGACACAAGGUCGUCUGGACAGACAGAUUUUCUACUUUGCUUACCUACGAUAUAGGGCGGAUAAUAGACGAUGAUAGAAUAGGCAUAGAAAGACCAUUCACAAACGACUGGAAUUUACUAAUUCAUGAUGUCAAGUACAGCGACGCUGGGAAAUAUGUCUGCCAAAUAAAUACGACACCAGUCAAAACGAAAACAGUUAUGCUACAUGUGCUAGUUCCCCCUAAAAUUAACGUAAAUUUAUCAUCCGGUGACAUCAUUGCCAGAGAAGGGGACACUGUGACUUUGACGUGUAACGUUUCAGGCAUUCCUGCUCCAACCGUCCAUUGGUAUAGACGUCCACUUGAUCAUGGCAUCAGUAAAGCCAAAGAAAAAUUGGAACCGACGAAGCUUACAUAUAACAACUAUUGGCCAUCAUGCACAUACACUUUUCACAAAACAGGAGUUGGUAUGAACGGAGAAUAUUUAAUCAUUCACAAUAUUUCUCGCUACUGUGAUGGCAUCUAUGAAUGUGUGGCAUUCAACGAUGUGCCACCAGCAGUCAACAAAGACAUUAAAGUGGAAGUCGAAUUUCCUCCAGAAAUAGAACUUCAAAACCGAAGAAUAGGACAAUCUCCUGGAAGGGAGACAAUUUUAGAGUGUCAAAUAACAGCUUUUCCAAACAACUACAAUGUGUGGCGAUUUAAAGGGCAGGAUUUGAAAACAACCAAGAAACAUCGAAUAGAAAUAUAUAACGAUGGAAACCACAGAAUGACGCUUAGCUUACGUGUUAUGGAUAUAACAUUUGCAGAUUACGGAAACUAUACCUGUGUAGCCCAAAAUAAGCUUGGUACAGAUGAAGAAGUUAUGCUUUUAUAUGAUCACAGAAUCCAUCAUAUUCCAACAACAACGACAACCAGGAAACCACUAAUGAUAACAACACUCCCUAAAACAAUAUGGUUACCAGAACCACAGGAUAAACAUGUGGACACACAUAUUGAUGGUAAUAAUCCCCAAACAGAACCCCAACAAAAUGGAGGAAUAACAUGCACCGGCAAUCUUGUAGUUAUUUGCAACGGAAUAGGAAAAAUGCCUCAGAAGGGUAAUACUGCAUCGUGUAGGAACAAUAUUUCUUUGAUUUUUGUUUUGUUUAAACUAUUACUUGUAUUUAUAGUAAGCUGACGAAAUGGUGGUUUUCUUUGCGCUGAACAUCAAAAUGGGAGACUCGAAAGUAAAUUAAAAUCAAAUAAAUACCCAUAUACAAAUAUAUAUGUUCGAGUUUCAGAAAAAUUAGGCAAAAGAAGAAUUGUACAGGAAGACCAAUAAUAAGAGAUAAUAGUUCGCUUUAAACUACUUCCAGAAUUGAACGCAAACACUUAUAAAAACAGAAGAUACAUUAGUUUUGUUUAUUCUAGUAGAUAUUUAAUUGUGUCACUAAAUGAAUAAGGAGAUACUGGUAUUAUUCGUAGGAUUAAUGGGUGAAAUAUAAAUUUUCUAAGAAAAUUCUUGAUUUUUUUUCUACCAUUAAUUCAUACAUGCUGUUUCUCGUCUACAAUCGUCAUGUAUAUUUGUAAUUAAUAAAUACCACAUGACAACAUCAAAGAUGGCGUCCUAUCAUAUGUUUUUAAAUGACCUUUAAAAAAAAGUAUAAACAGUGUAUGUUUUCAAAGCUGUGAAAUGUGAGAUUGGAUUGUUGUUUUUAUGUUAAGUUAUUUUGUAUAUCUCGUUCUUUCUUAGUUUCUUUCUUUCUUUCUUUCUAAUCAAAAGUUUCUUUUUUUUCUUUUUUGUGAAAUAAUACGUAAGAUUGGUACCGUUAAUGUUAUCAUAAGUAUCAAAACUGCUCUUUAUCUAUUCCCCAUACAUUUGAUUUCUUUCCCAAUUUCAAUAAUGUCAAUAUAAUUAUACUUUUUGUAUAGAAUCAUCCUUUGUUUUGUACAACCUGCAGCUUCUCCUAUUCCCCGGUCUCGUAAGUUCUCGUAGCUAGAAUUUUGACGCCACGUUGCUAAAAGUGACUGUAAAAGCAAUAUGACUAAUGUUUCAGUUUAAAAUGAGGAUAAAAAAUAUUUCUAUUAUGUAUAUACAAGAGCAAAUCCUGUGGUUAUUGUUUUAAUUGAUUAAUCUAUCUGUUAUUUUUAUGUAAUGUACGUACAUUUUAUAAUAUAUUUACUCUUAAUAAUAAUCUCUUUAUAUUAUAUCUUGAGAUUGUCAGAGAGAGAGAGAGAGAGAGAGAGAGAGAGAGAGAGAGAGAGAGAGAGAGAGAGAGAGCGAAGUAAAAGAAUGCACCAACAUAGCGUAACGCAACUAGAUAACUCAAAUUCAAACAAAAUUUUAAGAAGGAGGGAAACAUAAUAUUUGUAACCACGUGGUUGCGUUAACCCUUGGAAAGUAUUGCCCUUGGUGGAAUAUGUUAUUGCGUAAGCUUACCGUAUCUAAGAGGAACAACAAUGGCCAAUAUUCACUAUGUUUAUAUAAAAAACAAGGAGAUGUGGUAUGAAUUUCAACGUGAUAACUAUCCACCAGAGUUCAAAAUGAAGUGGAUAUAAGCAAUUAUAGGCAACAUGCAGUACGGCCUUCAACAAUGAGAAACACCCGACAUGAAAAAUGUGAAAAAAAAUCAAACGAGACAGUUAACGGCUUGAUUUAUAACAGAACAAUACCUUCUCAUAGCAUCGUCAAUUUCCAGAACAAGUUAACAUGAUAUAUAUGCACUAAAUACCUCUUUACUUGCGACAAACUUCGAUAUUUGUUCUCCAUUGGAUAGCCGACUAGACAAUGCUCUACUAUUUAUAUAUUUGUUAGUCUUUUAUUCAGUCCAACAAUGCUAGAAUUGCAUAUUACACUUGCAAAAUAAAUAACAGCAGUUUUCUAUCAACCAAAAUUAUAUUAAACUGUGUCGGUGCUCAGUGGUUUUUAUUUUUUUUUAUUAUUGUAAGAUUGUAUGUUCCUAAAUCUGUAGGUUUAAUUUCUAAUUUUCAUUUUUUUCUUGAAAACAUUUACAUAUGUAGCACGUGAUUUCAAUAAAGUUGGCAUUCACAUGCAUGUAGAUAGUUGUAUUAUUAUCAGUAUUGAGGACAAAUGAAUGCAAGUUGUAAAUGAUAGUGACUGGUUCAAUUGUAAUGUUUAAAUGUAUAUAUCCAUUGGAUGCCAAAUACGUUGUUAACAUACCAUAUUUUUUCUGUUCAAUACUGGUUUUAAAUAGAAUAUUGUUGAAUGUAGAGAUAUUUACGUAGUUUACAUUUUCUAGUGUGUAUAUACGAAAGGAACCGACAAAGAUUCUUUUCGUUCUGAAAGAUUCCAUUUAUUUGUAAUUUGUUGCUUACGUAUGACAUUUUUAGUUUGAUGAAACAAGUUUCGGAAAUAAUUAAUAAUUCAAAGUAAGUCACACAUUCUAACGUGAGAUAUAUUACAGAUACCUUUAAAAAACUAACAGAACCUGUUUGACAAUAUUAUUUGACCAUAUAGAUCGACACAGUUCCACUGGCAUAAUGACCAUAUGUUAGGAUAUGGUUUCUAAUUAGUAAUCAUUUGCAUUGGGAGAAACUGAAGGGCCUGUGAUGAAGUCUCUAUUUUCCGUAGACGGAUUAUCGACACGCAUUAUCACAUACCUUGUUUCCGUAGACGGAUUAUCGACACACAUUAUCACAUACCUUUUUUCAAAUAAUUAGACGGGCUCCCAUUCAUAUUUAUAUACUCAGGCUGAACAGAUCUAUAUAAACUAAUGAUUUAUGCCACUUCAACCAUACUGUAGUAUUAUCGAACUUCUUCAGCUUGUACUACAAUAACCAACAUCACAUUGAAUCAUUUUUGGUAAUUUCCAAUAGCUUUUAGUGAGCUAAUGGUCCAUCCUAUCAUAUGUGUAGUGAUAUUUGAGUUACAACUGUAAGAUUUAUAAACGAGCUUUACCUUGUACUAUAUUUGCUUUAAAGAUGAACAAAAUCAUGGCGACAUUAUUAUGCCAGUUACUUAUCAUUAUUAAGACAUUUGAAAAAAAGCUUGGUUCUUUUUUUUUUAUUUUCAAGGUUGCCUAUGAUAUUACUAGUCACUGUUUAGUAGCGAUCUUCAUACUAUGUGUACAUUCCUUUUAUACAGACCGUUAGCUGUAUGGAUUUGUGGUUUGCAAAUAAAAUUAUUUUAUACUAA